AUGCAGAUUUUUGUGAAAACCCUUGUGAGGAAGACCAUCACUCUCGAGGCUGACCCCUUGGAUACAAGAGAGAAUGUAAAGGCCAAGAUCCAAGAUAAGGAAGGAAUUCCCCCUGAUCAGCAAAGACUGAUCUUUGCUGGCAAGCAACUGGAAUAUGGAUGUUCUUUGUUUCACCAUAACCUUCGAAAGGAGUCCACUCUUUAUCUUGUGUUGAGACUACGUGGUGGUGCUAAGAAAGGGAAGCAGUCUCACACCACUCCCAAGGAGAGUGAGCAUAAGAGAAAGAGGGUUAAGCUGGCUGCCCUAAAAUACCAUCAGGUGGAUGAGAUGGCCCGUCGCCUUCGUCGGGAGUCCCCUUAGAUGGAUGUGUGCUGGAGUUUUAUGGGCAGCCACUUUGACAGACAUUGUGGCAAAUGUCUGACCUAUUGCUUUAAUAACAACAACAAAUCCUGUAUCAUGAGAAAGCACUGCUCUUUUAGGCAUACGUUGUCAGAGCAGACUGUAGCCAUGUUACAGGAAUAUCAAGAUGGCAAAGGUCUGGCAAUGGAGGAGAAGCUGGAGAAGCCAGUAGGGCCUGAAGGAAUGAUAAAUCCAGACCUGCAGCUACGGGGCCGACAAUAUCGGGACAGGCAGCUAUUAGCACCAGAAGCAGCUUCUCAGCUGGGCACUGUCUCAAGUGGCAGCUAUUAUCCUGAUAGACAGCAACCCAGCCAGGCACUAUCGCGAGAGACAGACACUGUCGACACAGUUGUUUGUAAGAGGAAUUCCCUGAUACGAUUGAAAACAGGUAUGUGGAGAGAAGUAUGUGCCAAGAUUGGCACACAUUCAGAUGCUGAGGUGGCUGCCUCUGUGAAACAAGUACACUGUGUAUCACACAAUUAUGCCAAUCAUGAUGCUGCCAACGUUGCCAGGCAUUCUUAUCUUUGCUCUGUACUCCUGUUCUUGAGUGUCAUGAAUGGUGUUGCCAUUGCUCCAGAAAUCUGCUUUUGGUCUGUUUCUGAAACAGUAUCCUAA